ACCUCCAAGUCUCGUCCUGCUCUCGUUCUCUACAGCUGCUUGAGUACUCUGUCUCUCAUCGUUCUUCUACAGCCACAGCUACACACAACACAGACCAGCAUGCCCUUCCUCGGAAAGCUCAGAGAAGAGCCAUACCUCUCUCAAAGACUUCCAGUCGUCUACAUCACCUCUGGUCGCGCUCAAUCACCCUCAUCCUCACGGUCAGGGCGUCAGCGCUCCUCGUCACCCUCAGCUGAAGCACUCUCAGUCAAGCGCGCCAGGACUAGAACUAGCAUGAAGCCACGAAAACCCUUACAAGAGCUCAGUCUGGAUCAGCUGGAUCAGCAUACGCGCUCAAAAAUCGAUCAUCACAGGACCUCCGUCCAAGAAUCGUCUUCUGAUGGACAUGAUCCUGACUUUGUCAUGCAGCGAGCAAGCAAGCAGACUGGCCGACCCAAGACACGCAAGUGCGGGUUGUGUCAUGGUCCAGGUCACUACGCAAAGACAUGCUCGAAGCGUCGCUGUUGAGGGAAGACGAGGUAGGAUGGCACGUUUGCACAAAAGACGGAAGUGCUUCGCACAUCCAGUUGGACAUCACGCAUUAGCAUGGCAUGGCACAUUUUGGUUUGAAUCUAGUUUCGAUAUCUUGAUAGCAAUCACAUCUCUGAGCAAUUGUCUUCAAACUCACGAAGACUGAGUGCUCACAAACGCGACCCAAGAUCAAGCUUGAUAAGUUUCGGU